AUGGAGGCAUCGUUGGAGCUGACCUCACCUUCUGGAUCGUGUGAUCCUUUAUGCUCAGUUGAUGGAACUAGCUCCCUAGAUUUUGAAGCUACUUACAAGCCAAAGACUGAUUUGUUGAAAACUAUUGCUGUUUUCACAGCAGCUUUAACAGGGACUAUGGCAAUUAACCUCUCAUGGGUUACUGACAACCUGGAUAUUGCUAUGGCAUUGCUUUUUGCAAUAGGAUAUGCAGGCAUUAUCUUUGCGGAGUCUCUAGCCAUCAAUAAAAGUGGAGUAGGAUUGUUGAUGGCUGCUCCUUCAACUGAUAUAGCUGUUUCAGAGUUGACACAUGCAUCUGCUGAAGUCAGUGAAAUAGUGUUUUUCUUGCUUGGUGCAAUGAUCAUUGUAGAGAUAGUUGAUGCCCAUCAAGGAUUUAAGCUGGUUACUGACAAUAUAACCACUCGAAAGUCACGGACUUUGCUUUGUACGGUUAGUUUCGUGACAUUUUUCCUUAGUUCCAUCCUUGACAAUCUGACAUCUACCAUAGUCAUGGUUUCUUUGUUGAGGAAACUAGUACCUCCAUCGGAAUACCGCAAGAUUCUAGGAGCUGUUGUUGUGAUAGCGGCAAAUGCUGGUGGUGCUUGGAGUCCUAUUGGUGAUGUUACCACUACCAUGCUAUGGAUACAUGGUCAAAUAUCCACAUUGCAGACUAUGAAGGGAUUGUUCAUACCUUCAAUUGUUUCUCUAGCUGUUCCGCUGGCUCUUAUGUCUUUGACUAGCGAAGUUAAUGGGGAGGAACAAGAUUCUCCCAAUGAUUUGGCAUCUGAACAAAUGGCUCCCAGAGGGCAACUUGUUUCCUCUGUUGGUAUUGGUGCUUUGAUUUUUGUUCCAGUAUUCAAGGCCUUAACUGGUUUGCCUCCUUUUAUGGGCAUGUUGCUUGGACUUGGAGUUCUUUGGAUUCUGACUGAUGCUAUUCAUUAUGGUGAAUCGGAAAGGCAAAAAUUAAAAGUUCCACAAGCUUUAUCAAGGAUUGAUACUCAAGGAGCUCUUUUCUUCCUUGGAAUCCUAUUGUCUGUGAGCAGCCUAGAAGCAGCAGGUCUUCUUCGGGAGUUGGCGAAUUAUCUCGAUGCUCAUAUUCCUAAUGUGGAACUGACUGCAAGUGCAAUAGGAGUUAUGUCAGCAAUUAUUGAUAGUGUUCCACUGGUUGCAGCAACAAUGGGAAUGUAUGAUCUCAGUUCAUUUCCCCAGGAUUCUGAGUUUUGGCAACUAGUUGCAUAUUGUGCUGGUACUGGUGGAUCCAUGCUAGUUAUUGGGUCUGCAGCGGGAGUUGCAUACAUGGGAAUGGAAAAGGUGGACUUCUUUUGGUACUUGCGGAAGGUGUGCGGUUUUACUUUCGCAGGUUAUGCUGCUGGAAUUGCUACCUAUUUAGCGGUUAAUAACCUUCACAUCUCUUUACCCUCAACCUUAGCUCAAGUUCCAAUGCUACAGCUUGAAUUUAACCAUACAUUGCCAUUUUGA